CCAAAUCAAUGAUAGAACAAACCUUAAAUAAUAUAAAAAAAAAAAUAUUUUUUGACGUACGUCAGCACACUGGCAAAGAGAUAAUUAUAAGUUAUCACUAAUAUGGCUUUGACUGGACUUAUUUUGAAGUCUUUUCAAGUAGUAAAUUACAAUUUGCAGCAAGUCAGGACAAAAUACGCUGAUUGGCGAAUGAUAAAAGAUGUAAAAAAGAGAAAAUGUGUUAUUCAACAUGCAAAGGAUCGACUGAGAAUAAAUUCGCUGCGAAAAAAUGACAUUCUUCCAGUAGAACUCAGAGAGCUAGCUGACAAAGAAAUAGCUGCCAUGCCAAGAGAUUCAUCUUUAGUAAGAGUUAGGGAACGCUGUGCAUUAACUUCCAGACCUCGCGGAAUAGUUCAUAGAUUUCGAUUAAGCCGUAUAGUUUGGAGACACUUAGCAGACUAUAACAAACUUUCAGGCGUUCAAAGAGCAAAAUGGGGUUGAAUAUUUUUUUAUAUAAAACAAGGAAUUUUAGCUACUAAAAAUUUAUUAAAUAAUAACUGAUUUAAUACCAGUA